GUUAUGUGGGGGUGUUGGCUCAAGGUGGUAUGUAAGUAUGGAUAUAUACUUUAUAUUUGAGCUCUAACCACCGUUUAUAAAUUUCUAGAAUGUGGACUUGGUUGAAUGUAAGUUUAAGUCUCAUAAUAUUCCUCCUUGUAUUAUAAUUCGGUAAUAUACGGUAGUGUUGAAGUGGAAAGUAUUAUGACAGUACCAGGAGGUAAUAUUUUUAUCAUUACGGCACAUAUAUACUGAUAUGGACUUAUUAUAAGAUAUAGGACAGCUUAAGAUUCCCUAAUACUGUGAAUCUGUCCGAGUUGUUAAUAUUAGUUGACAUAUAUCUUGAGGUUUAAUGAGGUUUAAUGAAGUCUUUGUUGCGGUCACUUGGUGUACUUCACAUUCCCGCCACUGCCCGCUCUCCAUUUUAAACGUGUUGAGCUGAUAGGCAAUAAUCUGCUUUAUUGCUUUAGCCUGUCACUGAUAAGAGCAGAGGAACAUCCGUGCUGUUUUAUAAUGUCUACUUUAAGGGUUGAGGUGAUAGAACCCAGUCGUUGGCUAAGUGCGACAUUGCUGCCCAUUCUCAUUGCCUGGAGAGGUCUUCAAGGUCGUUCACUCUCUUUCAGUGGUGCUGUGUCUGGUCUGGCUGUUGGGUUCCUGCUCACAUUGGGAAGCUAUGUCUUCUUUGCUAAUCUCUUGGUGUUUUUCAUCUCAUCGUCUAAAGCCACCAAGUUCCUGUCCAGCAAGAAGAGAAAAUUGGAGGAAAAUUUUAAGGAAGGUGGUGAACGCAAUUGGGUACAGGUAGUGUGUAACGGCGGAGUAGCGAGUCUGUUGGCGCUGUUUUACAUGAUGGACUGUGGCUGUGGAGAACACCCCAUCGACAUGAUCUACAACUACCGCUGUUCCUGGCUCAACUUAGCAGUUUUAGGAGCUUUGUCGUGCUGCAAUGGGGACACUUGGGCCUCUGAGAUUGGAACAGUAUUAAGCAUUGGAGAUCCUGUCCUCAUUACCUCCCUCCAGUCCGUCCCACGAGGUAUGUUACUGGGUACAAAUGGUGGCAUCAGCCUUGUGGGUCUGGUUGUAAGUCUCAUGGGAGGAUUUGUGGUGGGACUGGGACAUUAUUUUACCCUUCUGAUGUGCGUGUCCAACUCCAUCAUGAUCUCUGCACCCCCACAGUGGCCGAUUAUUUUUGUGGGAGCCAUCGGGGGACUGAUGGGUAGUGUGAUUGACUCGGUGUUAGGAGCCACCGUGCAGUUCUCAGGAAUCGAUUCUGAAGGAAAAAUCGUAGAACGGCCCGGUGAAGGUGUGAUCCCUAUCUGUGGCUCCAACAUUCUGGACAAUCACGCCGUGAACCUUAUCAGCUCUCUCCUCACGGCUCUGUUCUUGCCACGUGUCGCCCUUCUAAUCAUGUAGAGGUCGGUAGUGUACGUGCGGCUUGUGUAACUAGUACAGUACUGUACUACAGUAUUUCAUCUGUUAAAUCUCUGCCUGGUGGCUGCUUGUAAUACCUGAUACUCAAUAGAAGAAAUAAGUAAAUUGCUUAAAUUUAUAAGGAAGAAUAAAAAUACAGUGUAUAAUGUUUAUAUUAUAACUAGUAGAUGUUUGGAAAUAUUUCAAGCAGUACUUCUUCUCUUUAGAUAUUGAAGAAGACAUAGUGUAUACUGUAUCUCCAGUUCAUAGGUGAAAACUUUAACUAUGAACAUAAUGGAGGUUUUACAGCUUUAUACCAGUAAGAUUAUGUGCCUGAUGACGACUCAACUCGGUGAAUUUAUAAGAAUCAUUGUAUAGACGAUAUACACACUUGUAUACUGUGUAUCCAGAGUAAGGAUGUGUGGAUAAUACGUACUACUUGUCUUGAGCUUUUCUCAUCUUUCUACAUUGAUCGUGCACUGUCUCAUCUUUCGUCUCAUCUUUCAUUUUAUUCUUCUUAUUCAGAGAUUUGUCCUCUUCUUGAUGCACUUCACACACAGGUGGAAGACUAGUAAAGAUAAUAGAUAUAGUUGAUAAAUUUAUGUGUACUGACAGAUUAGUGUGGCUUCUUACUCCCAUCAUGGCCUCCUCUAGAUUUGGUGGCCAUCUGAUAUGAGGAUGGUACUCUGAUUGAUUGAUUGAAUUAUAACUCAGGAAAACCAGUUGUAAAGAUUGAUAAAAAGAGGUGACUUUGUCUUAUGGGGAAGGGGAGUCUUGGCAACUCUCAGGCUGUUUGUGUGUGAAAUGGUUUGUCUUAAUAUUUAUGUUGUUGUAUGUACUUACUUCUUGUCAAGGUCAUCAUUUAUUGGUUUUAAUGAAACCCCGAAUAUUGCUCCUUUUUUUUUUUUUUACUUUUUUAACUUAGAUUUGUUAUCUGUACAUUCUCGUUAACUUGUCCUAUUAAUAUCAUAGUUAAGUUCCACGGUUCAAUUAGUAACAUUCUGGCCUUUCAGCUCGUUAGACGUGGGUUUGUUGGGGCGUUAUCUUGCUGUGGUAUGUGCUGAUCUGCUCACCAGCCAUGCCAGUGCUGUGGGGCGAGCCAGUGCAGUCGCCUGGGCCUCACCACCCCGCAGGGUGUAGGGAAUAAAAGGGGCAACGUAAAACUUUGAAAUUGUCAUAAAACUUUACUUCAUAAUACUAUGCAGAGAACUUUGUUGUUAAUGUAAACAUAUACAGGAUAUUGUUUGUGUUUAAUUUGGGAUUUUUUUUAUUUCAAUGUACAGUACAUUUACAUUAUUUUACUUUUAUUUAAAUUGUAAAUGUUUAUAUAUGUACAUUUACCUGUGUGCAUGUUGUGUGUGUGUGUGUGUGUGUGUGUGUGUGUGUGUGUGUGUGUGUGUGUGUGUGUUAUUGUGUAAGUACAAUAUGUACAGUACAGUACUUGAAAAUACUGUAAAUGUGUGUAUUGAGUGGCUGUUUCUGAACUUGUGCACCCUAUGCUUUUUUUUUUAAUGCUGUGUGUAUGAGGGUGUGUGUAUGUGUUACUGUUUCUCUAUGUACACUUUUUAAUCCUAUCUGUUUGUGUGGAUGUUUCUGCCAUUUUAUUAUUGUUGUUCUCCUUCAUUGUUUAACAUUUUAACUCGUUAUCAUGAAUUUCAUAACUUUGGGAAUUGGUGCAGGAACACGUCAUACCCCUCUCCUAUUAGCUGUCACAUUUUAAAGGAGAAUAUUUUUAAGUUAUAAGUAUAUUCUGUACAUUAACAUCAUCUUCACCAUCAACGAAAACUCAGGUACUAUGCUGCUCACCUCACCGAAUAAAUCCCAAUUACAAUAGUACCAUAGUUCCAGGUUUGUGGUAAAGAGGAGGUUAAUAUUAGGGCCAUAUCUGUGUAUGUAUUUAAACACUCCUGAUGUAGUAUCUUGUAGACAGAUAAGGAAAGAUAUGAAUCAUUUACUGUAAAAAACAAAACAAGAAGAUAUUGUAUUAAUCAAAUGUCAAGCAGAAAAAAAUCUGUAAAAACAAAUGCUAUGGUUGGGUUUGGAGCCAAGUUUCAUAAUCCCUGUGUUUAAUGACUAAAAGCUGAUGACACUCUUGAGGCCAGUUAAAUAUUUAUUAAACUGCCCUUUACUAGGUUGAUAGGAAAAUUAAAGAUGUUUUUAAGUCUGUAUGUUGGAGAAGGGGCCCAUAUCACUUGAUUUUAAGACGUCUGUAUAACUUUUGUACGUUUUUAACAAGGCUCGUAAUUUAGCAUUAAGCAAGUGUAUGGCUGUGGCAUCUCUAAAAUAAUUGCCUAAAUAGACUUGUAUUCAUGAUAUUACUGUAUGUGUUUAUUCAUAUUAUCCACACACAUACAUAUACACAUAGAAAAAUAUACAUGUAUACAGUACUUCCUCCAUACCUUACCUCAUAAAUUCCAUCCACUCUGUCAACAUUGUAUUCACUUGGGUAUUGUAUUGUCCUGAUUUAUGUCCCCCCCCCCUCCACCCUCCCCAUCCAUACUGUUACUCCUUUCAUGAUAUUUCCAGUUAUAACCUUACUAGAUAUCUGAAGUGGGAGAGGAAUGUAGUUGAUAGAUUGAUAUAUAGAAUGGCUGAUUGUGAGGUUUUGUUGAUACGUAAGUUGAUAGAUUGAUAUAUAGAAUGGCUGAUUGUGAGGUCUUGUUGAUACGUAGAGCGGCUGAUUGUGAAGUUUAGUUGAUACGUAGAAUGGCUGCUUGUAAGGUCUAGUUGAUACAUAGAAUGACAUUGUAAGGUCUAGUUGAUACAUAGAAUGGUUGAUUGUAAGGUUAGUUGAUACAUAUAAUGGCUGAUUGUAAGGUCUAGUUGAUACAUAUAAUGGCUGAUUGUAAGGUCUAGUUGAUAUAUAGAAUGGCUGAUUGUGAGGUCUAAGGUCUAGUUUUGUAUAUUUUCAUUACUUAGGGUAAAAUAUAAUGCCUCUUGUGAUACUGAUUUGUUAUAGGCAUCUGUACUUAAGCUUGUAAUGGAGCCAGGCAUUUAUUUGUGUCUCUUUGAGGAGUGAUGGGGGAGAUGGUUUAAAAAAAGCUGUGUUAGUUUAUGAUUUUCAUAGUUUUCAUUUAACAGUACACACACAUGCACUGUCUUUGUAUUAUUCUCUCUGCUUGGUAAAGUUUUUGUACUUAAUUUCUAUCUGAAUUCAGCAGUGACAACUCAGGUAAUAGAACAACAAUGAGGUUACACCAGCCUGGACCAAAUAGGGAGGAGUGGGGAGGGAGGAAGAGGGGUCCAGCUACAUCACUUAAACAUUUCUCUAUUAUUUUGAACUUUUCUGCAACAAUUAAGGACACAAAUUUCCUUUUCUUUUCUCUCUUUUCUGUCCUUGAACCCAUUGUGAAUACUUUAUAGGGCGCUAAAAGAUAGAAAAAAAAAUACCGUAAGUUUUUAAGACUCUUACUUAGUCCUCCACACCGCUAGUUGACGCUACUGGUCAGAUCCAUUCGGAAUUAAUCCAAGUUUGGAUUGAUGGGUUCCGGAUUAGUGAGGUUUUACCGUAUUAGACAAGCAUUCCAUACAAUUUGCCUUAGUUUACUGGUACAGUACUGUAUGUAUGAAACUGGUAUGUAUGAAAACAUUCGAUUCACUCUCUUGUAAUGAAUACUCUGUAUUAUUGUUAGUACUGCAGUAUUUUUUAUUAUAUGUAGUUUGUAUCUGGAAAGUUACAUACAGGUAUGUUGAAAAGAAGAUAAGCAUCAGUAUUCUUACAGGAGGAUGCAGACCUUUCCCUCCAGGCCCGUCAGGGAAGUGAGGUGAGGUGUUGUAGAUAAGAUUGUUAUUAGUGUUGUGUAUUUCUUGUAUGAUGAUAUAUACUGUUCUGUAAUAAUGUAGAAUAUAUUUUCAACAAGAGUGUUUCAGUGAUGUAGGUUAUGAGGUGAAAACGAAUCAUUUCACUUUACAAAGUGAAGGUAUAGCUCAAAUAAAAAAUAGAUUUAUGUUUGAUUUUUAUGUCUAUUGACACACUGUUGAUUAUGAGAGGUAAAAUAUCCUUUUACUAGUCUUUAUCAUGGACUAUAUUAUAUAAAAUUUUUAUUCAUCAUUAGCUACUACCCCAAAGUGGGGUUUGUUGACUUCACAUGGGACUCAUGCAUACUGUGUCACCUAGUAUACUAUUCACAGCUUUAAUAUUGUCCACAAUAGAUUUUGACUCCUGUACAGUAGUGGAAUGUUGUGUUACUUUAAAGGAGAAGAAAUGUGAAUACCUGUACUGAAUUUGAGAGUAACUGCUCCAGUGGUGUGAACCCAUGUUUGUUUUAAUAAAUACAUUACUGUAUUAUGGCACAGCUUAACAAUGCACAGGCUUUUAACCCUUGGCCACACAACAGGAAUAUUGUAUACUUCUGGUAUUUUUAAGCCCAUAGAACUGGAAAAGCAAAAUGCUAUGAACAAACAUGUAGCACUGAUACUGUGAAGUCAUAAUGAUAUCAAGAAUAUUUAUUGUAAAAGGUUUUAGCUACUGCUAGACUUAUCUAAGUUUUUUUAUUUAUGUCACUGCUGCUGUAACUCCAAAAAUUGCUUGUUUGCAUUCUGUUUUGUUUGUGACUGAUGAGUAAUUAUAUUUUUUUAUAAUUA